AUGUCUGGACGUGGUAAAGGCGCUGGUAAGGCAAGAGCAAAGGCAAAGACCCGCUCCUCCAGAGCUGGGCUCCAGUUCCCAGUCGGUCGUGUCCACAGGCAUCUGAGGAAGGGCAACUAUGCUCAGCGUGUCGGUGCCGGUGCCCCCGUCUAUCUGGCGGCUGUGCUGGAGUACCUGACCGCUGAGAUCCUGGAGCUGGCUGGAAACGCUGCCAGAGACAACAAGAAGACCAGGAUCAUCCCCCGUCACUUGCAGCUAGCUGUCCGUAACGACGAGGAGCUCAACAAGCUGUUGGGUGGAGUGACCAUCGCUCAGGGUGGUGUGCUGCCCAACAUCCAGGCUGUGCUGCUGCCCAAGAAGACCGAGAAACCCGCCAAGAAGUAAAUUUCAGGCCUCGGUCCUCAACAACA